GUGAUAUACCCUCGGUUUUUAUUUUAAAACUUUGAUACCAGAUUUUUAGAUUAAAAAUAAUACACACAUUAUUUCUUUUUCAAAUUUGUUUCAGAUUCAUUCCUCGCCUGAGUGUUUUCUUCUCUUCAUCUAAUAUAUUUGAAAUUUUCUUUGGUCAACCUCUAAAGACUCACGUUUCCUGAGGAGGAAGCCCGGAAGAGGAGGGAGAGGAAAGAAAAGGAGUCGGAAAUGGCUCUUUCUCAGGAACGGUUGACCUUUGAGGAUGUGGCCAUCGAAUUCACUGAGGAGGAGUGGGAAUGCCUGGACCCUGCUCAGAGGGCCUUGUACAGGGACGUGAUGGUGGAGACCUACAGGAACCUGAUCUCCCUGGAUAUCUCCCCUAUACAUGUGAUCAAGCAAUUACAACCCAAAGUGAACAGAGAUAAAGGAGAAGUAUUCCAAACACCAAUGUUGGGAAGACCUGAAAGCUGUAAAAUCAAACAUUUUCACCUCUGGGAAAUUCAGAAAAAUAUGUAUGACUUUGAGUGUCAGUGGAGAGACGACGAAAGAAAUUACAAAGGAAUGCCUGUAAUCUGCAACAAAAAUCUCACUGAUGGAAGAGAUCGACAUGGUAGAGGGGGUGCAGGAAUGAAGCCCUGUGGAAAUAGGCUUGGAUUAAACUUUCAGGAUAAACUGCAGAUAUUUCAGACUGAUGGGAUAAUUUCUGAAUGUGAUGUAGUUGAGAGGUCUGUCAACAAUUGUUUCUCAUUUUCACCACUUCAAAGAAUUCCUCCUAGUGUCCAAACCAAUGUUUCUAAUAUAUAUGGGAAUGAUUUUGUGCAUCCUUCAGUGAUGACGCAAAACCUUAAAGCACACAGGGAAAGACCUUGCAAAUGUAAUGAGUGUGGGAAAGCCUUUCUUAAGGGCUCACACCUCAUUAAACAUCAGACCAUCCACACAGGAGAGAGAUUACAUAAAUGUGACAUAUGUGACAAAUUCUUUGGUCGAAGUUCACAGCUUGCAUGUCAUCGUAAAAUUCAUCCUGGAGAGAAAUGUUACAAAUGUAAGGCGUGUGGCAAAACCUUUAACAAUGGCUCCACCCUUGCCAGACAUCAGAUAAUCCACCCAGGAGCAAACUUGCAUAAAUGUGAUGUAUGUGGUAAAAUCUUUGGUCAAAAUUCAUACCUUGUACGUCAUCAGAAUAUUCAUGCUGGAAAGAGAAGUCACCAGUGUAAUGAGUGUGGUAAAACCUUUACUGACAGCUCAAACCUCAGUAGACAUCAGAAAAUUCACACAGGAAAGAAAUUAUAUAAAUGUGAUACAUGUGGCAAAGUUUUUAGCCGAAAUGCACACCUUGCUGGUCAUCGGAGGAUUCAUACUGGAGAGAAACCUUAUAAAUGUAAUGAGUGUGGGAAGCUCUUUAGUCAGAAUUCACAUUUCAUAAGUCAUAAGAGAUUUCAUACUGGAGAGAAACCUUACAAAUGCAGUGAGUGUGGCAAGGCCUUUAGUGAGAAGGCAGCCCUUUUAAGUCAUAAGAGAAUUCAUACUGGUGAGAAACCUUACAAAUGUGAUGAGUGUGGAAAGGUCUUUAGUCAAAAAUCACAUCUUCGACUUCAUUGGAGAAUUCAUACUGGAGAGAAACCUUUCAAAUGUAAUGAGUGUGGCAAGGUCUUCAGUCGAAAUUCACACCUUACAAGUCAUCGGAGAGUACAUAUAGAGAAACCUUUCAAAUGUUUUGAGUGUGGGAAAGCCUUUACUCAGGUCUCAACCCUCGCUACACAUCAGAAAACCCAUACCUGAGAGAAACUAUGCUCCCCUGUGAAUGGAUUCAAGAAAGAAGAAAUUAAGACAUCCCCUCAAGAACCUGAUUGGAACUAAGAGUUUACUCCCUCCUCUUUUAGUAUGAAA